CCCCGCCCCACCUCCUCCUCCCGCCUCCUGUACCAGGCCCGCGCCCCCCACGGGGUCUCCCUGCUCCUCUCCAUCCUCACCGACAACCCCCGCCGCAGCCACCACCACGUGGGCCUCAUCCUCAGCCGCUAUGGGGGGACGCUGUCGGACGGUGCCCGCCAUGGCUUCGAGGAGGUGGGGGUGGUGCGUGUGGGGCCCAGGGACGCUAUGGGGCGCGCUAUGGGGCUGGAGGGGGCCCUGGAGGUGGCGCUGGAGGCCGGGGCUCAGGAUGUGAGCGAGGAGGAGGAGGAGGAGGAGGAGGAGGAAGAGCGCACGUUGAAGUUCCUCUGUGACCCCUCCUCCUUGGCCACCAUCCGGGCCCGUUUGGUGGCCUCGGGGCUCCUCCCCCUCUCGGCCGCUAUCAUUGACCUCCAUUGA